AUGUCGUUCGGGUUUCAGUUCGACGACUCGGAGCUGGACGACGAGUACGUCUCUCUCGCGUCGGCACCGGCGCCGACUGCGACGCCAUCGACCUCGAAUGGCGACUCCUCCUCGGUGCCACAAGCGCCGUACCAGUCGUAUUCGCUCGAUGAUAUGCUCGAUCAUCUGCCCUCACGCAUAUCGUAUUCAUCGAUCAGCAUCCCGCUCGCCUCGCGCGGCACUUCAGUCCAGAUGCUGCGGCGCGACCUGUUCGAUGCGCGCUUUCAGAUGCUGCUCGACGAGGACGAGGACGACAAAACCUCCAAUGCGGCAGGCAUGGAUGCGCAGGUGGACGCGCAGUCGGACUUGAUACCUGGCGUGUACGAGGGCGGGCUCAAGACGUGGGAGUGCGCGCUGGAUCUCGUCGAGACGCUCGAUGGGCUGCAUUCCGGCCGGUGGUCGGAGCACUUUAGCGGCAAAUACAUCCUCGAACUCGGCUGCGGGACGGCGCUGCCGUCGCUCUUCAUGCUGACGCAGGUGCUGAACGACCGAGCCGGGGUGGGGAUGACGCUGAAUCUGGCGGAUUACAAUGCGCAGGUGCUGCAGCUCGUGACGCUGCCCAACGUGCUGCUCGCUUGGUGGUCGUCUGCAGCUGCUGCCGCGUUCAGGGCGGGUGCAGGGGCCCAGCAGACGGCGCUUGAACGACAUGAACUCGCACGGCGCGGACAGGACCAUUUCGACACCGCUCCACACGACGUCGACGGGCACGGCGAACUUGCCAUCACGCCGGAACUGGUGUCGGCCUUCCGCACCUCGCUAGCCGCACACGGUGUGCAGGUCAACUUCAUCGCGGGCGCCUGGACGAAUUUCCCACCACCCGCACGCGGGAUGGACCUCAUUCUUACCUCCGAGACCGUGUAUGCUUUGCCCUCGUUGUCGCCGCUGGUGCGACUGCUGCACACGUACGCCGCUGCAGAUGCGGCGGUGCUGGUAGCUGCCAAAGUCAUCUACUUUGGCGUAGGCGGUGGUGUGGAAGCGUUCAAACAGACACUAGCCCAGCUCGCGCCCUCGGCCCAAGUGGCUUCCAUACACACCGUCACGCGCGGAGUAGGACGCACGGUUCUUUCAGUCACAUUCUAG